AUGGCAACUCGCAAGCCGGCCUUCAACCAGCACGUCCUGUUGGACACCACACCCCUCCCGGAUUCGAUCCCGAAGGUCAAGGAGAUCGGUGCCAGCUCUGCCCCUCUUCUGUCUGCCUCAUUUUUUAUCGGCGCCCGCUGCAAGGACUACAAUGACGACUACAUGCAGUGCAAGAACGAAAACCCCGGUCGCGGUGAGUUUGAGUGUUUGAAGGAGGGCCGGAGGGUCACUCGUUGCGCCCGGAGCGUUCUGAAGGACAUCAACACCCACUGCCUGGAGCAGUUCCGUGCCCAUUGGCAGUGCCUCGACAACAACAACCAGCAGCUUUGGCAGUGCCGGCCGGCCGAGUGGAAGCUGAACAAGUGCGUCUACGAGAACCUGAAACUCGAGAAGGUCAUCCCCGACCAGCCCAAGAACUCUACGCCCGUGCACCUACGACAGAGGCAGAUCUUCGCCCACCACGCCAUCCCGCCGUGGGAAAGACCUUUCAUCCCCGGUCAACCUGAGCCCCAGCUGCCGGCAGGCAUUGAGAUUCCUGAGAAAUACAAGAACCAAUCGUGA